UAUAAAAAAUUAUUUUGAACCUAAGUAACCUCUAGAUAAAAGAAUAAUUGGGACUGAACAGGAAUUUUUGAACUAAAGUAAACUCUGUCUUCAGCAGUUAAGAAACUCAAUGGCUUAUACUGGUUUCCUUUUAAUUGUCAGAGGGACAUUGAGAAUUUGAUAAUAUAUAUUGUACUCGUGUUUGAGUCAGGACUCAUCGAUAAGGUCAGCAAUGAACAUCGGUCUGGAAUGAAGUCAGGACCUUGCAAAGGGAAUAGCUGAUAAGGACUGGACUGUAUAUCCAUCUAUAUUCAAGCCUUGAGUUAGUGCACUCUGUUAUCUAAGACAUUAAGUUUUGCACCAACAGACUUGGUGGGCGUACCAGUUCUAAUAGCAGCUUGCAACAGUGAUGUAUGGGACUUACUAUGUAUGAAUAUACUGCUGUAACCUGACUGAGAGAGUCCAAUUGUCAGAUGGUUGGCAGCACUGACAUGCCUUCCCUCUGAUAACUGGGUCUCAGACUCUUGCAAGAGAAUGCAAUAAACUGUGGUGCCGAGAGGAAACUGGUCUCCCGAGUUUAACAUUGGGUGUCACGAACAGGAUCCCAAUACAGAGAGUGCGAAGCAGACAGACGGAGUAAGCGGCCGGACCACUCCGGGGACUGUGGAGACCGACCAGGUGCCCAACGGGUAUUUCACCUUUUGUCGCUCACCGUCAGUUCCUGUGGAGGCACGGUUCCUCGCCGAAGGCUGCUUGCAUAUCUUGACGGGAUCGGGAAUGUCUCUGUCGGAAGACUUGUAUAAGAAAGCAGCUGCAAAGCGUGCACACGCCCAGCUAAUCCACAGCCACUUCCAGGACAGCAGCGACACGAGGCGCAUGUGGGAGGGCAUCCAGGACAUCACCAAUUACGGGACAACAUCUCCUGCAGACCAGCUAGCAGAUGUUCUCACUGACAUCUUCAACAUCUCCCUGAGCAGCGUCACCGUUCCAACGUGCUUCAAGGCCGCCACCAUCGUCCCCGUACCGAAGACGUCUUCAGUGUCCUUCAUGAAUGACUACCGUCUCUUUGCACUUACAUCCAUCAUCAUGCAGUGUUUCAAGAGGCUCGUCAUGAGGCAUAUCAAGACACUGCUGCCCCGCUCACUGGACCCCUGCAGUUUGCAUGUCGUCCCCAACGCUCAACAGAUGCUGCCAUUGCUAUUACCCUCCACCUGGACAAAAAGGUCACAUGUUGUUCAUAGACAUCAGUUCAGCAUUCAACACAAUCAUCCCUCAGAAACUGAUUGGAAAGCUGAGUCCACUGGGCCUGAACACCUCCCUCUGCAACUGGAUCCUAGACUUCCUGACUGGGAAACCUCAGUCAGUCCGGAUCAGGUACAGCAUCUCCAAAAGCAUGACACCGAGCACGGGGGCGCCCCAGGGCUGUGUGCUCAGUCCACUGCAGUUCACUCUGCUGACCCACGACUGUGCUGCAACACACAGCUCGAACCACAUCAUCAAGUUCGCCGAUGACACCACCGUGGUGGGUCUCAUCAGCAAGAACAACGAGUCAGCUUACAGAGAGGAGGUGCACCGGCUAACGGACUGGUGCAGAGCCAACAACCUGUCUCUUAAUGUGAACAGAACCAAAGAGAUGGUCGUUGACUUCAGGAGGGCACAGAGCAACCACUCCCCACUGAACACUGACGGCUCCUCGGUAGAGAUCGUAAAGAGCACCAAAUUUCUUGGUGUUCACCUGACGGAGAAUCUCACCGGAUCCCUCAACACCAGCUCCAUAGCAAGGAAGCCCGGCAACGUCUCUACGUUCUGCGAAGGCUGAGUAAAGACCAUCUCCCACCCCCAUCCUCAUCACAUUCUACAGGGGUUGUAUUGAGAGCAUCCCGAGCAGCUGCAUCACUGCCUGGUUCAGAAAUUGCACCAUUUCGGAUCGCAAGACCCUGCAGCGGAUAGCGAGAUCAGCUGAGAGGAUCAUCGGGGUGUCUCUUCCCGCUGUCACGGACAUUUACACUACACGCUGCAUCCGCAAAGGUAACAGCAUUAUGAAGGACCCCAUG